CAAAGAAGGAAAAACCAAAAUGAAAAGAGAAAGAAAAUCGAGCUGAAAACCCCAACUCACCAAACCGGUUACCGUACAGUCGUAGAGAGAGAAACUAAAAGAAAAUUCACACACGCGCCAACGCACUCUCUGUACAGUGAAAGUGUGCAAAGCCCGUUUCUGCGAGGAGGAACCGAGACCAACUCUCGAUCUUCCAGAACAUUCUAGAAAACUCUAGUAGGAACUGAAUCUUCAGUUCAAACAACCAUACACUUGACCGUUUUCAUGGACUUGUAUGGUCGGAGCCCCGCCAGGAAUGGAUCCAACCCGGUGAAUCAACCCGAAUGGCGCUCACCGACCACCGACACUGGCCUAGAAGAAUCGAUGUGGCAUUUAACGCUGGGUGGCGGCGAAUCUUACCCGGAGCGACCCGGCGUGCCUAAUUGUGUGUAUUACAUGCGGACCGGAUUCUGUGGAUAUGGUGCCAGGUGUCGUUACAAUCACCCUCCUGAUCGUGCUGCGGUUGCUGCAGCGGUAAGGGCAACUGGGGAGUACCCAGAACGAUUGGGGGAACCUCCAUGUCAGUAUUAUUUAAAGACUGGAAACUGUAAAUUUGGUGCAUCCUGUAAAUUCGACCAUCCAAAAAAUGGAGGCGGAUAUUUAAGCCAUGCUCCACUAAAUAUUUAUGGAUAUCCGUUACGGCCGGGUGAGAAAGAAUGCUCCUACUAUUUGAAAACGGGGCAGUGCAAAUUUGGUAUAACUUGUAAAUUCCAUCAUCCUCAACCUGCUGGCACAUCAUUGCCGUCAUCUGCACCUCAAUUUUAUCAACAGGUGCAGUCUCCUACGGUUCCUUUGGCUGAACAGUAUGGAGGAGCUUCUACAAACUUGAGAGUGGCUAGGCCUCCUAUAUUGCCUGGUUCAUAUGUACAAGGGGCUUAUGGUCCUGUACUUCUUUCCCCAGGGGUUGUUCCAUUUCCUGGGUGGAGUCAUUAUUCGGCACCUGUAAGUCCUGUGUUAUCUCCUGGCGCUCAACCUGCUGUUGGAGCUACUUCUCUAUAUGGAGUGACCCAGUUGUCGUCAUCAACAUCUGCAUUUGCUAGACCAUAUACUCCUCUGCCCUCUUCUACUGGCCCUUCUGGAAGCAGCCUGAAGGAACAAUUUUUUCCAGAAAGACCUGGCGAACCUGAAUGCCAAUACUAUCUGAGAACAGGGGACUGUAAAUUUGGAUUAGCUUGUCGAUAUCAUCAUCCCCGGGACCAGAUUGUGGCACGGCCACUGCUUAGUCCCAUUGGUCUUCCUUUACGUCCGGGGGUACAACCUUGUGCAUUUUAUUUGCAAAAUGGGCAUUGCAAGUUUGGCUCCACGUGCAAAUUUGACCAUCCUUUGGGAUCUAUGAGAUACAGUCCAUCAGCAUCGUCUCUCAUUGAUGUGCCAGUUACUCCAUACCCAGUUGGGUCUUUGCUAUCUAGUCUGGCUCCUUUAACAACAUCUUCAGAGCUUCGGCCUGAACUGAUGUCAGGAUCCAAAAAGGAAUCUUUUUCAGCCAGAAUACCUUCUUCUGGAAAUAGUUCUGGUACUUCUGUCGGUUUGAUUUUCUCACAAGGUGGGUCUAUCUCACUAUCUGAUGUGCAACUCUCAAGUCAGAGUUCUGCCCCUCUAAACAGUAGCAGAAACAGACAAAGUGGUGAAGCACGUUGAGCUGGGUAGUGCAAAACUCAAAAAUAACUCCUCAAUAGAUUGGAUGUGAUUUCGUAAGUCUCCAUUGCUUUUGUCCAUAGUCUCAGUAUUUAAUGGCAGCUGUUCAAAGUUUCAUUAUUGCUGUCAAGAAUUCAUCAUCCAAUUCUGUUAGAGCCUAUACUAGGUCAUUCUCUUUUAAGCUCAUCUCAUCUGAUUAUAUUAUAUCUCAAAUAAGCUUCAAUAGAAAAACUUGCCUUUUCUUCCUUUCCUUUGAAAUUGAAUAUCAAUAUUCUUCCUUGAUUUAUGGUGUUUGUGUGAUGAUGAUUAUUAUUUCUUGUCUGCCAUGUUUAUGAGACUGAUCCUAGCUCCUGCUCUGUACGAAGAUGAAGAAAGAGCUCGAGUUCUAGUUUUGCUACGUUUUUUAGUACCAGCAGUUUUUUCCAUGCUUCUUAACAGGUUUAUGGAAUAAUUGGCCUUUUUUUCCUCUGCAUGAUACAUAACUUGUUUAAUGAACUAUUUAAAUAAUGACUUGUAUAAUGAAUUCAAAAUGAAAUUUAUUGAAAACCAAUUUUUUAUGAG